UUCCCAGAAAGUGAUCAUUUUACCUGAAGUAAUCCUUAGUAAACACUCAACGCAACGAGAGAGGGGCAAAAUCUCCACCAGUCAACCACCAGUCAGCCGUGGUCCAAACAUUCGUUAAAAUGUGUCUAAUCCUAUUUUUGUUGACAAUAUCAAUUCUGAGCGUCGUUGAUAGCGCACCGCUGAGCCGCUGGGAAAAAAACUCCAUAUGCGACGAGCUGCCGGUGUUAGUUCUUGGAAACAUCCUCGGAGGUGCCUUUAACCCGCGUUACAUGAGCAUCGAGCAGCCUAUCGAAGACAAACCCCAAACCGGGGGCAAACGCGGAGUUUCCUUCGGAGAGGAUUUCUACGUGGACGAGGAUUUUAUCGAGCAACUCGACGAUAAGCCCGCGUGGGAUGUCACAAAUCUUGUUGUUGUUUCGAAGAAGAAAUUGGGUCUGCAUCGGAGCAAGAGAGGUGUUGACUAUUUGCAACAGUGGCAUUGCAAAUCGAAAAUUGAAUGGACGGAUUUAGGCCCGGACUAUUUUCCGAGAUAUUUGAAAUCGGUGGUGUGUUUGAGUGAGAAUUGUUGGUUCGGGUUAUAUAAAUGUAAACCGAGAUCUUUUUCGGUUAAUUUGUUGCGGCGGAAAAAGGGGUUUUGUGCCAAUGGGGGCAAAAAUAACCAUAAAGUGGGGGUGGCGGGGUUGCCCAACGAUUUAAAGGAGCUGUGGGUGUGGGAGGAGAGAGCUGUCAACUUUUGCUGCGACUGUACGAGAAUAUAAACAGUUAUAUUGUUAUAUAUUCAAAUUAUUUUAGUUUUAAUUAUGUGUUUACAUAACUUAAGUACUUAAUAAUGACCUAAACUGUACCUGAUGUUAAAAAUUGUAACAUAAUCAAGUUAUGUUUAACAAUUUUCUAACAGUGCAUUAUGUCUGAUGUAUAUCUGAUAAGUUCUAAAUAAAACA